CUUAAUUCCUUAUCUUCUUCCUCCUUCUUCUUCCUCUUUCUUUCUACCUCGUCUUUUCCAUUCGGAAAAGGGAGAAAAACCCUCCUCCAGGAUCCAUGGGUUGGCCGUUUCUCGGGGAAAACAUGGAGCUCACCACAUUAGGCUCUCAGAAACUAGUGAGAGACCGAAUGCAGAAAUACUCCCAAGACGUGUUCAAAACCUCGCUGUUGGGAGAGAAAAUGGCGGUCCUAUGCGGUGCACAAGGCAACAAGUUCAUCUUCAAGAACCAAAACACACUUUUUGCAAGAUGGGCCCCUCCCUCAUUGAGAAAGGCCAUGUAACAAGGUCUUGAUGCAACCAAACAUCAAGAACCAAAGGCCAACUUCCACAACUUCCAAUACGACAUCCUCAAGCCGGACGCCUUGAAGCAGUACGUCCCAGUGAUGGACUCGUUAGCUCGUGAGCAUCUUGAAACCGAAUGGAGAGGUAGUGAUAGAAAUCAUGAGACUUAUAUAGUAGUUUCAGUUUACUGUUAACACUGAUGUGGGAUAGUUAUAUCUUAUUUUUUUGUUUUUACUUGCCAAACACUCCCCUUAGACCCUUCAAGGUAAACCUUGGAGGGAUUGGACUUUUUUUUCUGAUUGGUAGGACCACUGGCCCAUGUUUAAAGCUCAGAUAUACUGUUUGGGCAUUUUUUCUUUUUUUUUUUGUUUUCAAUCUAGGUAUAUUGCUGGAUCAGUUAGUUUUGGUCUACAGUCGGCGAUUCACUUUGAUAUCAUGAUAGAAUUCCAUGGUGUCCAUCCUAAAACUAAUUACUGAUAGGAGGAGAGGACCAUGAGACUUAUAUAGUGGUUUCAGUUUUCUUUUGAAUACUGACAUGGGAAAGUUAUAUGUUAUUUUUUGUUUUUACUUGCCAACGGGUAGCUCAGUGGUGGAGGCUCUUCCAUCGGCCAAGAAAUACGCCCUCUCGUUGGCGUGUAGAGUGUUCAUGGGCAAAGAGGAUUGGGAGAAUGUGAGCGAUUUCUCGGAAAACUUUUCUCUUAUGACUAAAGGGAUUCUGUCUUUGCCGGUAAACUUGCCAGGGACCGCCAUGAACCGCGCAAUGGAAGGAGGGAGAGUGGUGCGCCGCGAGCUGAUGAGGAUCGUGGGGGAGAGGAGGAGGGAGAUGAUCAAGGGAGAGGAUUUGCUGUCGAAGAUGGUGGUGGCAACUAAUGAAGAUGGGGAAUGUAUGAGUGAUGGAAUGGUUGUUAAUGUGAUUCUUGGUUUGCUUAUUGGCGCCGAGCAUGAACUCUCUUCAUUGAUCACUAUUGUCUUGUAUUAUCUUGCCGAGCUUCCACACAUUUAUGAUCGGGUUUUCAAAGGGACGAAUACCUACCUUCUCCGACUGCAGCCAUCUUCGCCGCCAUUGUCUACAUCUGCCGUCGCCACCGCAUUGUCCUACAAGGUGAAUCAUUACAGUAACCUUUUUUUUUCAUCUAUCAGUUUCUAACUCUGUUAAUUUCUUGGUAAUAUGUUUUUGUUUUUCGAAAUUUCUUAGUAAAUUGUUGCUUGUUUUGCUCAGCAGUUGAAUAUAUCUAUUUUUUUUUCUUGCCGUACUGAAUUUGUGGAAUUAAUUUUUCGUCAAGUGAGUUAGGGUUUUAGCUUAGCCCUAAAAUCAAUUUUGAAAUUACCGCUUUUUUUUUCCUAGUCAGAAAUGAAGAAUGUAGAAAAAUCCGAAAUAGGGGAAGACUUGUUGCUAAAUCUACCAUCAGAAAUCCUAUUAGAUAUCCUCUCACGGCUCGAUGCUCGCACUGCUACGAGGGGCAAGUGUGUUUGUAAGCCAUGGCUCGAUUUGCUCACUAGCCCGAGUUUGUUAAGUCUCAUCUUUCUAAAUCUCUCCCAUGCCUCGUUAUACGUACGCGUAAAUCCAAAAAAAUUGGGAAUAAGCUCAAACUCAACCGCGAUUGACAUCGUUUGAAUACAGUCUUCGUCUUGGACCUCCCUUUUCGAAUGCUAAUUCAUUGCUCAAUCAAUGAUUUGAUAUUUUUGAAAAACGACAUGGAUCGUGUCGUGUGCAAUCCAAUCACUCGCGAGUAUAUCAAGCUUCCUUGUCCUAGGCAAACUUUGCGCAUACCUAGAUGGGAGAUUUAUGGAUUUGGAGGGAGCAGAUUGAGUGGCGAAUACAAGGUGGUUAGGAUUUCAUCACAAAUAGCGAUACAAUUACAAAUUCCGCCGCAUUUAUUUUCUGAUGAAGCUGAGUGCCUAGUAUACACCUUUGGAACGAGAUUGUGGAGAAGAAUCGGAAAAUUUUGCCGGUUUGAACUUCUUGUGGAAAUGUCAUUAAUGCCACUCUUUCGCGGAAAUCUUCAUUGGUGGCGGAUAAGUAUGGGCGCUUUAUCCCCUACACAAAUUUCUCGUCUUGAUCUUGAAACAGAAUCUUUUAGUACCAUUUCCGGUCCUCCUAGGGAUAAUGUUGCAAAGAAAGGUGCCUAUCUACUUUAUGCGGUUUCCUAUGUGUAUGUGACAAUUCAAAUCUGGUGAUUGAUAUAUGGGCGAUGAAGGAAUAUGGAGACGAGAAAUCUUGGAUAAAGGAGUUUAGCAUUCUAAAAGAUAAUAUUAGGGGUAGUUUAAAACAACUUGACCCUAUUGAAGUUUUCAAGAACGGGGAUAUGUUCGUGUCACGUAGAAAGGCUAGGCCGUUAUACUACUCCAGCAACACGAAAACUGUUCGACAAGUUGAUGACGAUGAUCUAAUUGAUUCACACAACAACCUUAUGUGCGAGGUGAGG